AUGCUGUGCUGGCUGCUGCUGCUUGCCCUGCUGCUGGGGGCUGCCCUCCCACGGCCCUUGCCUCAGAGCUACUCGGUCCCCGAGGACUUCUCUGCUCCCCUGGAGCUUCCACAGCAGCACUUUGGCCUGGUGGACGAUUACGGCAUCCAGCCCAAGCAGCCUCACCUGAGGAGCCGGCCGGGCCGGGUGCGGCCACCGGGGCUGGGCAGAGCUGGCAAAAGCAAGAGAGACGAGCUGGACUUGCAGGACUACUAUGAAGAUAGCCACCUGUGA